AUGGCUGCUCUUCAUCACCCGACGUCCCGAUCGUCGCCUGAGAGCCCCCAGUCGGCGGAUUCCAGUUCCGGCCGCUCGUCAGCGACCGAACGAAAGGGCUCUUCAUCCUCCACACAUUCAACACCACCUACCACCCCGGGUAGCUCCCCCAGGGUCCAGCUGGUGCCGUAUGCCCGCACGGCCAGCUUUGACAUCUCGUUAUCAGAAGCCGAGCGGGAGCUGGUAGACAAGAUGGCCACGCAGUUCGAUGCACUUGACCUGUCGUCGAAGGACUUUGACUUUGACGAGAUCUUCACGUACGACAAGCCUCAACGGAAGCUGACCAAAGGAGUGGUUGAGGUGUCAAGCCCGACACGGACUCAACGGGACUGGUCCUCCUUUUCCUUUUCACAUUACUCGGCAGCCAUGAAUGCCAGAAACAAGGUCAACCACAAGGUGAAGCCCAGCAUCGGCGAAAUGUAUGUGAAGAAAAAACCGCACGGGAGCGCGUAUUGA